AUGCAAUCGAUCCACGACCCACAGACGCGGUCCGGGGAUCCGCCUCGGAAGAAGAUCCGAAAGGGGACCCGCAGUUGCUGGCAAUGCAAACAUCGCAAAGUCCGCUGCAAUUUUGCCUCUGAUAGCGACCGGAGCUGCAAAGAAUGUCUCGCCCGGGGACUUCCAUGUCGCAGCCAAGAAUUGUCGGAGCCUGAGAAUCCCCGCGAGUCGGACCGCGCAUAUUUGAACGAGCGGAUGGCUCGGGUGGAGACGCUGUUGGAAAAGCUUCUGAUACGAGUCGACAGUGGGGGCAGUCAACAGCGGGAUUCGAACACACUCGUAGAUUCAGUGGAAACCAGCCCCGAAUCGAGUCCCCCGAUCGUCACACCAGCUGCAGACAAUGCUCCAAUUCUGUCUCUUUUCGACAACAAGGCGCUGGGUUUCCAACGAUCAGACACCAUUGCAUCCGAUUUCACAUCAUAUGGCACGACCAACCGCGACUGGGGGAGAUUGCGCCGCGAACUGUUAGCCUUGAUACCUUCCGAGAAGACAUUGAAAAUUAUAUCAGAGGCUAGCAGUAGCUGGUGGGUCAUGCGUGUGUACGUAUUCGACGACCACGAUAAAACAUUGCUUUCGUCCUCGGUGCAAGAACUUUCACAUAGCCACCCAGCCGCGGUUGGUAAGGCGGUCUUGUGGGUCGCAAUGUGUCUCCAACAACUCCCUUCGGGGUUUUAUUUGCCCUCUCUCGAGCUUCCCUGUCUACCAUGGGUCCUAGUCGAAGAAUGCGUCUCCCGUGUUUCCACGCUCGUCUGCUCAGAUGACUCUAUUGUCAGUUGUAUUGAAGGGCUUGAGUGCUUGGUUCUGCAAGUGUUGAUCUUUAGUCACGCCGGGAAGCUACGAAGUGCCUGGCUCUGUAAUUGUCGGGCUGCCAGCAUCGCUCAGCUAAUCGGGUUCCACCGUGCUGAACCAGCUCCCAAUGAAAGUGCCGAGUAUCAACAACGAGCUAUAAUCAUUUGGAGACACAUCCUCGCAGUUGACAGGCAUUUUGCACUGAUCCUUGGAAUGCAUGGAUCUAUAUCCAAUACGGCAAUAGAUCAAUAUCAAUCCAACCCACGCGACUUUCAAGAUUCGCCUCCCCACCAUGAAUCCGUUAUGAACCCGCUUGUUCGGAUAGCCGGAUCAAUCAUCGAGCGUAAUCAGACCUUUACAGAAGUCACUCCAGCCAUGCUGCAGAUGACACAGAGCAUCGAUCUGAAACUUCAAGCGUUCACUCCUCCUUCUUUGGCGUCACCCGAAAGUCUUCCGCCUGGCAAGAGUACCGAACAGUCCUUGUGUUUCCGCGCCCUUCACUUUCGGUCAUGGUACUACCAACUAAUGGCCUGGUUACACUUGCCUCUUCUCCUAGCGUCAGGGACUGACGCGUCCUAUUAUUAUAAUCGGCAAACCUGUCUCCACGCCUGCCGCAACUACAUCACCUGCUAUAUCAAUCUCCGACGCACCACCGGCUUUGUCUCGAAGAUUCUUGAUUUCCAGGCCUUCACUGCAGCAAUGACAAUCAUUAUCAAUGCUCUCAGGCUAUCUAGCACACAUGACUUCACCAAAGAGGAUUACCUAACUCUCGACCGGGUUGUGGCUAUUCUAGAGCAACUAUCGAGGAGCGUUCCUCCGGACAAGAUUGCAACUCGAGCGUUACACGUUUUGAAGGUUAUCAAGGCCGUAGGAAUAGGGGCCGAACCCCCGCCACUCGACGAAUCUGAAGGAAACCAAUACGAGAAUGGAAGGCCUACUCGCAUCAAGCUGGAUAUUCCCUAUUUCGGCACGAUGUACCUCGAACGUCGUGUCAUCCUCAAUCAUUCGACUAGAAAUAUCACUGCGCUUAGUACGCUGCCGCCAACUAUGCCCAUCACUACUCUUGGGCAAUACUACCCAUCAUAUUCAUGGAUGGACACGAUCCCGGACCUCAGUUAUGCAAACGAGCAGGGUGUGCAAACUGCCCCAUGGCCGGAUACCGGCGUGAGCUUCGUUCCGCCUGCCGAGUGUUGGGCUCUGAACUCUCAGUUCACGUUUCGGCCUACGUUUUUGGCUGAUUAUGAUCUUAAUUGGGAUUACUGGGAUUUGAUGUUAUGA